CUCUUUGGUUCUUGUUUUGGACUUGCGACUCUGUCAAAGAAACCGGGCUGCCGUAGAGUGGUGCUACUUAUCAAACAAUCCUUUGGCAACCGACUCGUGCGCACGGAACAGAACAGAACGAAAAUAUGUUUUUGGUGAGGCAAGCCUUGGCUACGAGCAGCGGGAGCGGCAGGUGCUGCGGAAGCAACGGUGUCGCAAAACGGUUGCCGAAUCCAUCCCAGCUACUCAUCCGCCGCCAAAGGCAGCCGGUCAACCCAGCGUUGUUCCAGCAGCAUCGCCACAACAGCUGCGGCGGCAAUGCUUCCGGCACCUCUGACAAAAAGAACCUUCCGGCGACGCUCCUGCAGCGGGGGCACAACAGCAACCAUUGCUCCACGCGCUCGUUCUCUGUGGUGCCGCGAGUGGCCAACCACAACAACAACCACAACGGCAGCCGCCUUGCCGAAGCAGACCGCCACCCCGAGCAGCAGCAGCAGCAGCGCCGGAACAUGGCCCGCUCGAGCAUGGCGAAGGGAGGCGACGCCGAUCCGUCCGCCAAGCCCGAGGCAAAGGCCCUCGCGUUUUUGGUCGGGACGCUCGGCCACGAGCGAGACGUGGCGGAGGGCGUCCUGAACGCCCUGAGGCAGUCGGGCGUCUCGGGCGACGCGGCCCUCCUGUCGAUGGUCCGCUCCCUGGCCGGCCGGUGGGAGGUCGACGAAGACGCCGGCCUCGAGGCCCUGGUGGAGAGCGUCACGGUCGAGCUGGCCCGGUCCAGGGGCAAGACGACGGUGGGCUUCUGGGUGCUGCCGGCGAGUGCCUGGCCGUCGAGGGAGGGCGAGGACGACACGGCGGUGGAGGUGGACAAAACGCGCGCCUUUUGGGUGGAGGGAUUCGAGGACAUGGUACGUUUUUGCGUGUUGACGGUUGUUGCCGUUCUCGCUGUUUUUUUCGGCGUUGUGUGUGUGUGUGUGUGUGACAGCAGCGCCGGCAGCAGCAUGUUUUGGAAUCCGUUCUCACCGUGCAGCGCAGUCGUUGACGGACGUCGCCAAGUUCGGGGACGGCGAGGGUGCGGACGUCCUGGGCGAGAUGAUCGAAUGCGCCUGCAGCGGGAUCAUGGCGUGUUCGACCUGUCACGUGGUGGUACAGCCGGAAUGGUUCGAGCAGGCGGGCGGCGAACCGUCCGAGGCCGAGCAGGACAUGAUCGACCUGGCCUACAAUCCGAAAGAGACCUCCCGGCUGGGAUGCCAGGUCGUCCUGACGCCCGAUCUGCAGAACGCCGUCUUCAAAAUCCCGAGGGGUGCCAACAACAUGAUGGACUUUAUUCCGUUUGAAGACAAGGACUGAGGAACGGGGGAACGAACACGCGGGAGCAGCAUGCAUUCCGAGGCAAGAGAAAACAGAACGGCUACGAAAGGGAGAAACUGGGCUGUACUUUCUCUAGUUUUUUUCAGAAUGGUUUGCGGACUGGUAGUUUCUAUAUUUCUCACGACCCAAUAGUAUUGUUGAUAGCAAGGAAAUCGAAACGAAGACGUUCAGGAGUUUUGGUAUGCGACUUUUUUUCCGGAAACCGACGAAGGGACACUGACUGUGUCAUGUAGGUCCCGCAACCGAUUUCGAACAAUCGAGUUCGCACCUUACCAACAAGUCAACUAUCUAAUAUUAAUUCGGGGUUCAUUUAAGAAGGAAAGAACAAAACAUCUCACCGACGAUGUGUCCAUAAGCACGUGCAUCACUCUGCUCCAUUAAAAUAUAUCUUGUCCU